AUGGCGGUGGGGCCUCAGGUCGUGGUGACAGUGGUGGCCACGUCGGUGGCGAUGACAGCAAUGGUGUUGAUGGUGGUGGGGACACCCGAGCUGAUGGCCGUGCUGGAGACGGCCGAGGGCCCGGGCGGGGGCGGCUCGGCCCGGAUCGCCGUGAAGAAGGCGCAGCUGCGCUCCGCUCCGCGGGCCAAGAAACUGGAGAAACUCGGAGUGUACUCGGCGUGCAAGGCCGAAGAGUCUUGUAAAUGUAAUGGCUGGAAAAACCCCAACCCCUCGCCGACCCCCCCUCGGGCUGACCUGCAACAGAUCAUCGUCAGCCUGACGGAGUCCUGCCGCAGCUGUAGCCAUGCCCUAGCUGCUCAUGUGUCCCACCUGGAGAACGUGUCGGAGGAAGAAAUGAACAGGCUGCUGGGCAUCGUGCUGGACGUGGAAUACCUCUUCACCUGCGUGCACAAGGAGGAGGACGCCGACACCAAGCAAGUUUAUUUCUACCUUUUCAAGCUCUUGAGAAAGUCUAUUUUACAAAGAGGAAAACCUGUGGUGGAAGGUUCUUUGGAGAAGAAACCCCCAUUUGAAAAGCCUAGUAUUGAACAGGGUGUGAACAACUUUGUGCAGUACAAAUUUAGUCACCUCCCGUCAAAAGAACGACAAACGAUCGUGGAGCUGGCAAAAAUGUUCCUCAACCGCAUCAACUACUGGCACCUGGAGGCUCCCUCACAGAGAAGGCUGCGCUCCCCUAACGAUGAUCUUUCGGGAUACAAAGAGAACUACACAAGGUGGCUGUGUUACUGCAAUGUGCCACAGUUCUGUGACAGUCUACCUCGGUACGAAACCACGCAGGUGUUCGGGAGGACGCUGCUCCGCUCCGUCUUCACCGUCAUGCGGCGGCAGCUCCUGGAGCAGGCCCGGCAGGAGAAGGACAAGCUGCCGCUGGAGAAGCGAACGCUAAUCCUCACCCACUUCCCCAAGUUUCUGUCCAUGUUAGAGGAAGAAGUGUAUAGUCAGAACUCUCCCAUCUGGGAUCAGGACUUUCUCUCCACCUCUUCCAGAAGCGGCCAUCUGGGCAUCCAGACAGUUAUCAGCCCACCUCCCGUGGCUGGGACACUCUCCUACAACUCCAGCCCGUCGUCCCUAGAGCAGCUGAAUGGGCGGAGUGCCAGCCCUGCGGGCAGAGGUUCUGGGCUCGAGGUGAACCCAGGAGAAAAGAGGAAAAUGAAUGAGUCGCAUCCUCUGGAGGAAGCGAAGAAACCCCGGGUUACAGGUGAUAUUCCGAUGGAAUUAAUCAAUGAGGUCAUGUCCACCAUCACAGACCCUGCAGCGAUGCUGGGACCGGAGACCAACCUUCUGUCGGCACACUCCGCCCGGGACGAGGCAGCGAGGCUGGAGGAACGCAGAGGUGUGAUUGAAUUCCAUGUGGUCGGCAACUCCCUGAGCCAGAAACCCAACAAGAAGAUCCUCAUGUGGCUGGUGGGCCUGCAGAACGUCUUCUCCCACCAGCUGCCCCGAAUGCCAAAGGAGUACAUCACGCGGCUCGUCUUUGACCCGAAACACAAAACCCUGGCUUUAAUUAAAGAUGGCCGUGUCAUUGGUGGUAUCUGUUUCCGCAUGUUCCCAUCGCAAGGAUUCACGGAGAUUGUCUUCUGUGCCGUGACCUCAAAUGAACAAGUCAAGGGCUAUGGAACACACUUAAUGAACCACUUGAAAGAAUAUCAUAUAAAGCACAACAUCCUGAACUUCCUCACAUAUGCAGAUGAAUAUGCAAUUGGGUACUUCAAGAAACAGGGUUUUUCCAAAGAAAUCAAAAUACCUAAAACCAAAUACGUUGGCUACAUCAAGGACUAUGAAGGAGCCACUUUAAUGGGAUGUGAGCUAAAUCCGAAGAUCCCGUACACAGAGUUUUCUGUCAUCAUCAAAAAGCAGAAGGAGAUUAUUAAAAAGCUGAUUGAAAGAAAGCAAGCCCAGAUUCGAAAGGUCUACCCGGGACUUUCUUGUUUCAAAGACGGAGUCCGGCAGAUUCCCAUCGAGAGCAUUCCUGGGAUUAGAGAGACAGGCUGGAAACCAAGUGGAAAAGAGAGAAGUAGAGACCCCAAAGACGCCGACCAGCUUUACAGCACGCUCAAGAGCGUCCUCCAGCAGGUGAAGAGCCACCAAAGUGCUUGGCCUUUCAUGGAACCAGUGAAGAGAACCGAAGCUCCGGGCUAUUAUGAAGUUAUAAGGUUCCCCAUGGAUCUGAAGACCAUGAGUGAACGCCUCAAAAAUAGGUACUAUGUGUCUAAGAAAUUAUUCAUGGCCGACUUGCAGCGAGUGUUUACCAACUGCAAAGAGUACAACCCACCCGAAAGUGAAUAUUACAAAUGUGCCAAUAUUCUGGAGAAGUUCUUCUUCAGUAAAAUCAAGGAGGCUGGACUCAUUGACAAGUGA